GACAAUGGAUUCGUGACGUUUUAAAUUAAAUAAUUUAAUUGCAGGACAUGAAAAAACAAGGAGCGGAGAAAUUAUACAAUCAAAUAUGAACCGAGUAUUGCGCCUUGAGACGGCGCUGCGGGCGACGCGACGCAGGGCGUCGUCGGCAGACGGCGUCGAUCUCACAUUUACCCUUAAAAACUCGUGGACUGGACGUCGACUGAGUGAGGCGCCGGGCCGUUAUGUGUCAUCAAAAUCACUAGACUACUCGCACAGCCCAGUGAGAGAAAAAAGAUCAAACAUAAAUAAGUGGGAGUAGUAUACAUAAUAACAUACGUGAACUGAAGAGAGUGAUUUAUUAUUAUUUUUGACGACAUUUAGUAAUGUCAUACAAAAGUACCUAGAUAAUGCAUCAGUCUGAAAUAUAUUUAAAGUUUUGUUACACAUGAGAUAAAGAUAGUUACGUUACCUAAGGGGUACAAGACAACACAAGACAAUUGAACAUAUGACAAUGACAAGGAUGACAAUUGUUUCUAAGUAAAAAAAUAUUAGAUGAUGCUGGAUAUAAUUGCGUUGAUGAGUUGCCGCAAACAAACUGUUACACUUGUAAUGUUCGUGACAACGACCUUCAUUUAAAUAAUAGACACGUUGUGGGGUCGUCGCUUCAUUUACCUGAUGAAUUACCGGCACGAUCGCUCGGUCAGUGUGCCUCUUCAUCGGCUCAACAAAACCUCUAGUGUCCUUAUUACGAGAAAUGUAACAAAUAUACAAAUUUAUUAUUACUAUUAUUAUUAUUUGCCUAAUAAUAGUGAGAUAACAUCUUGUUAUCAGUCCUUGGAGUUCUAAUAUUAAUGACAUAGUAUGAUAAGACGCGGUAAUUUUUACUUGGACUUAAUGUCAAUGAAUCGAAGACAGCAGUUAUGAUUUCAUCGCCGUAGUUAUCAGUUUAUAGCCACAUACUUGUACAAUAUAACAACGAAAAUGACGACAAUGAAUACGGGUGUCCAACAUUUAGAGAAAGCAGCCUCAACUGCCUGUACUAUGGCUAACAAUUUUUUAGCACCCGUUAAAACAGAGCAGCAAAUUUAUGAAAAUUCAAUGCUUGAAGAUGACCCUAAUGCUAAUUCUGUUAUUACAACGACAAAAACUUUACCUGAUGAUAGAACUGUUCCGAGAUGGGGGCCUAAUCACAAAGGUGCUCGGGAAUUAGCUAAUUUAUAUAGUACAGGAAAACGAACGCAGGAAUGUAUCUGCGUAGGCAUUUGUAUAACGCUGAUGGCAGUAAAUUCAUUUUUUAUUGUAAUACGUUUAAGACUAGAGAAUUUAAGUUCAAUAGUAAUAGCCGCGUUAUGUGGAAUUGUAACAGCAGACUUUAUCUCUGGAUUAGUUCAUUGGGCAGCAGACACGUGGGGAUCGGUCGAGUUGCCUAUCCUUGGAAAAAAUUUUUUGAGGCCAUUUCGCGAGCAUCAUAUAGAUCCAACAAGUAUAACGAGACAUGACUUCAUCGAAACAAACGGCGAUAAUUUCAUGGUCACUAUUCCAGCACUGUGUAAGCUCACGUGGGAUUUUCUAACUUUACCCGAGCCGGAAAUUCAGCGGAGAUUUUUAUGGAGUUGCUAUUGGUGGCAGCUUGCGAUAUUUGUAGCAAUGACUAAUCAGAUUCACAAGUGGUCUCACACGUAUUUUGGAUUACCCGGGUGGGUGGUAUGGCUGCAAGAGCAUCGAGUAAUUCUCCCGCGAAGACAUCAUCGGGUUCACCAUGUUGCACCACACGAGACGUAUUUUUGUAUUACAACUGGCUGGCUAAACUGGCCGUUAGAAAAAUUGAGAUUUUGGUCUAUUCUUGAAACAAUUAUUGAAGGCGUAACAGGUUACAAACCCCGAGCUGAUGAUUUCAAAUGGGCUCAAAAGCGAUCUUGAAAGUUACCAAUGUUAUUACAAUUAUUAAUGUGGUGUAUAAUCGCGUGUAUAUACAAUAUGAUUGUUUAUAAAAAGACAAUUACGCUAUUGUUAUCCGCAAAGCCGCGGACGGGGCCGGUCCCCUUCAACAUACUUGGAGUUAUAAGUGUUUUAUUGCACCGAGGACAAUUAUCUUCAGGCACAUAUUUUUUUUAAGUUACCAAAUGUGGAAAAUAUUGCACUCUGAUUGUAAAGGAAAGCUAAGCAAUAUACACAUUUACAAAGAGUUGCAAUCUCAAGUAAUUGCAAUGCCGAAUGUGCUUUUUAAUAUUAACACGUUGAUAAUAUUUUUUUAGUAAAUCAAAGGGUAAUAAUUACAACUUGUAAUUUAUAUUAUAUAUGUAAAAUCUAAAUGAUUUUCUGAUUUACCUGUAGAGUAUUUAUUUUGAAAAACAAAUUUUAUUUAUGUGAAUAAUCACGCUGAAAAUUCUAAAUAUUAUAAAAGAUAUAUACAAUUUCACAAAAUAAAGCAAAUUAGCCGCGGCCUUAGAAAAGAAUUUUAGAGUGAUACAGUACUGCAAUAUUUAUACAUAACUAUUAUAUUGAAA